CCUGACUUUAAAAAAAAAGCUGUACCAACCACAUCGAGCUAGUACAGACUAAUCUCCAGUGAGGAGAAAAUCUUAACUAUGCUGUGUAGUCGGAUGCUCUGACCAGAAACUUCAGAGCAAUACGUUUGAAAGCGUAAUUAAUUUUCAUAGAAUCAUCCUUAAACGGUGCGUAACUGUGUUUUAAUUCCCAUAAUGGACAUAAACCGCGCAAUGGCUCUAAAUGGGGUUAUGAGAAUCACAAAAAGGAUAAGGGAGUGCUUCCACUAAGAUGCUGGUAUCAGCGCUCAAUACUGGGCUGAUUGGAAAUUUCAGUGGAAGUAUUAGUAGGAAAGGAAGGCUUCCUGUAACCGCGUAUCGCAUAGAUAAAUGGAGAAACGGAAAGGAGGGGGGCGCAGAAAACUUCUCACAGCGUUCAAGUCAAGGUCAGUCAACUCAAGUGGACUUUCCGCUGCUGGAGCGCCAAUAAUGCGUGUUAUUAUUGUCACAGACACGACGGAAUAACCCUCAAGGGACAGGUCACCACGUCUACGAGACAGAAUAAAAAGUGAGCUUUACUUCAGGGAGACUGAUCUGCUACUCCAGCGAGGACGCACGCACAACGGGACUUGGAGCACCGGAUCCUUCAGCUACUCGUCCACUCUCUCAACACAGUCGGCCGGUGUUCAGAGGAUGUGACCACAGAUGCUCAGCGAGUACUUAUAUGACUUCAGAAGCUUUGAUUUUUUUUCUCCUGCAUAGCAGCAGAGUCAUAUUUAAGAAGUCAUAUUUCGGACCGGACAGAAGCAGGAACCUAAACCCAAAGUUGCGCACAGUUCUUUAUUUCCAUUUUCAUCAUUGUUGGACGCACCACACGUGAUCAUUCAGCAUUUGACGACGCUAUAUAGGCCUGAAGGUGUCCGGUUUAACUUUUCUCCAGAGGCGUAGGAUAAGAAGUUCACUUUUUCUUUUUUUUUCCUCAAUCGAUGGGAGCUAUGAACGGACUGCGCAAGCACUUCACUAUGGGACUGGUGCUACUGAUGUGCACGCUUACCGGCCACUGCAGCGAGAGCGCGCCCUCGGCGGCCCCGGCUACGGCUGCAACCGGAAAGGACGCGCAGCACGACCUGAGGCGGAUGAUAGAGAUCGUGAAACAUGUGGAGGAGAGCCGGGGUCGGCACACCGCUAAAACGGAAGCCCCGUCAACAUCGCGGGUGAAGACAUCUCCGGUGGAGCCAAAGGAUUUACGCAACUUGAAAACAGACAGAGAUCAGGCUGUCGUUGUGUUUCCCAGGGACCUCAGAAAGAAGGAGAAAUUUAUAAAACAUAUAACAGGUCCACUCUACUUUAGUCCCAAGUGCAGGAAGCAAGUGUACAGAGUCUACCACCACACCAGAGAAUGCACGAUACCUGCAUACUUCAAAAGAUGUGCGCGGCUUCUCACACGGCUAGCCGGCAGCCUGCAGUGCACAGAGGGGUAGCACACAUAAGGUUGAAGCCAAACAAGAGUUUUCCAGAAGAAAAAAAAACUUGGGGGAAAAAAGUGCCUUGGACAGUUAGAUGGAAGCAUAAAUAUUACUCUGACCAUCCCCGACUGAUAUUAGGCACGGUAUUGUCCUUCAGUGAGGUCUGUUCUGCUAAGGCGUGGAUUACUGCCGCCCAUCGCUCUGGCUAGGCCUCGAUGGUUAGCUGUCGCCAUGAGGGAGCAACAAGGCAAUAAAACCAGACCAAGAUAAAGAUGGUGAAACUGAAGCGUGGAGAAGAAAAAGAAACAAGUGGCCGAGAGAAACAAUCAUGGAGACAUUUUUUCCCUGCUGGCAUCCAAAAAGAUGUUGCUUAAAAAACAAAAAGAAAAAGGGAUUGCAUAUUUUUAUUUUGUUCAUUUCUUUAAGAAAAGAGCAAAAUCCAAAUGUACUAUUUUCACUAUGACUUGCCAUCUGUGAUCGGUUUGCUCUGUAUGAGUGUUUGGGGUUUAGCCCAUCCCUUCUACUACUGCACUACCUAUUACGCAGACAAAAUGCUCUCCCAGACCCCCGGCUGGCAGUCACGGUAUAGUUUCACCCACUCGUGCUCACACUGAGAAAGAACUGUGAUUAAAUUAUUAACUGCAUGACCAUUUCUCUGUGUCUUUGCAAGACAUGUUUAAAAGGAAGUGGCGGUUGUAAGUCACAGACCUCCUGUGGAUCUUGGUAGAACGUGGUACAGUCUAUAUUUAUAUAUUUGAAGUUAUAUUUGGUUCCACUGUACAUAAUGUAGGCCAUGACCAUUUACACCAGGAGAAACAUGUACAUACUGUAAAACAAAACAUAGGAGGAAUCCACCUAUCUACCUUAAAUUAAAGUGACUGGCAUUUAUCAAAUGGGUGUUAAAUACAUAUAUAUAUUUAAAAAUGAAAUAUAUUUAAAUAAAUUAUACGA